AUGGCAAUUCUACAAAAACAUGGAAAGAACUCUUGUCCAGAUUUGGCAGGUAUUAAGGAGAACCCCGCAGAUAAUAUCGGACCAGCUGCAGCACAGAAGAAGUGGGCAGAGUCCAGUCAGAACUGGACCAGGCCAGUAUUGAGGAUAUGGACACUGGUGCUGUUGCUGGGGUCAUGCCUGCUGUACUGUGCCCGUGUGGCCAUGCCUAUCUGUGCAGCGAACAUGGCCGAGCGCUUCAGCUGGUCCAAGAGAGAGACGGGCAUGGUGCUGGGCAGCUUCUUCUGGGGCUACUGCUUCACUCAGGUGCUGGGAGGCUACGUCAGUGACCGGGUGGGAGGAGAGAAAGUGAUGCUGUUGUCAGCGGCAGCAUGGGGAGCAAUGACCGCCUUCACGCCAAUCUUAGCCCAUCUCUGCUCCCAGCCCAUCGUCUCCAUGACCAUCUCCCGCUUCCUCAUGGGCCUGCUGCAGGGUGUUCACUACCCUUCUCUGGCCAGUCUGUGCUCUCAGAAGGUUGUGGAGAGUGAGAGGGGCUUCCUCAUGAGCACCGUAGGAACCGGCUCAUACCUGGGGACUCUGGUGAUCGGAGGCAUAGGCUCUCUGAUGCUGGACUUGUAUGGCUGGGAGAGUGUGUUCUACAUCUCUGGGCUUCUGUCUUUGUUGUGGGCGUACUGCAUGUGGAAGUAUCUGCUUAAAGGAGAAGGUCCCAUCAUCACACUGGAGUCUCUGGGCAGCGCUGGGACCCAGUCCAAACUGACCAGGAGAAACUGGCUGCGUCUCUUCAGACAGCCAGCUGUGUGCGCCGUCAUUAUUACACACUUGUGUUGUGCUAGCACCUUCUUCACAUUGCUGUCAUGGCUGCCAACGUUUUUCAAGGACACCUUCCCUGAUGCCAAGGGUUGGGUGUUUAACGUGAUCCCAUGGCUUGUGGCCAUCCCUUCUUCCCUGUUUAGUGGCUUUCUUUCAGACCAUCUAAUCAGUCAGGGUUUUGAUACUGCAUCAGUGAGAAAACUCAUGCAGUUCUUCUCUAUGGGCGUCUCCAGUGUGUUUACUCUGUUUCUGUGUGGGACCACCACCUUCCCCACAGCUGUGGCUUUCGUGUCCGCUACUAUGGGCCUCACCACAUUCAGCCACUGUGGGGUUUCAGUCAAUGUUCAGGAUCUGGCUCCAUCCUGUGCAGGGGCUUUGUUUGGAGUGAUGAAUACCUGUGGAGCAUUUACAGGGGUCAUCAUGGUGUAUUUCUCAGGGUAUCUGAUCGAGGCCACUGGUUCCUGGGCGUCUGUUUUUGGCCUCAUCACGGUCCUGAAUCUGCUGGGUUUAGGAACAUUUUUAAGCUUCGCUGAAGCUCGCAGAGUGGACCUAGAUCUAAUGAAGGGGCGUUACCACAACAUCCACAUCUGAGAGCACGGGACGGGGGCAGAGCAGCUGAAAGGAUGGGUCUUCUUUGGCUGAAGAGAAUCUAGGAAAAGCUGUAUGAGAUACUUAACAGUUAUGGAUCUGUUAUAGGUCACUAGCAGCCAGUAUGAAGUGUGUUAAUGAAUAUUUUGUUAAGGUCCUUGCGUUCAUUCAUUUCUAUUUUAUCCUGUAGCACUUGUGUUGGUUUAUGGUAGCAGUUUCUUUAAUAUCAUCCUUACUGUGACCAAAACGGACCAUUAAUCAGAUGAAGGCCAAAGGCUAGAGCUUGAGUGUCUGAGUACUGACGAUGUUUAUGAAAUUAUUGUAUCUUUUCAUUUUGGCAUGGUAUGAUCAUUUAAAAUACCUUGUUUCAGACAUCUCAGCUAUUUUUCACACUCCGAGUGUGAUGAAGAUUACAGUUUGUUACCGCAGAAUUGGAGUUUGUCCCAGUUUGAAGAGCGUUACUGUCAUCAGAUGAAACAUGUGCUAGGUCAUCUUGUCAUUGGCUGAUCCUUUAAAGCAGUUUUUUUGUCUCCACUGUCUGCUGUUGAGAAGAGUUUCUGAUCUUUAAAGGACGUCUUUGUUUCAAACUGCUAGUUUGCUUUUUGUCUUUGAUUGAUUCAGUCAUUAGAGACUUCUCUCGGGUGGUCAUUUGCUUGGACCAAAAUGUUGCACAAUGAAAUGAAUGUAUUAUGGUGAUGAGCUUUAUUGUGUAGAGACAAGAUCCUGAAUAUUAUAUCUAACUGGGAAUUAUUAGACCAAAAAUAUUUCAUUUCAAUUCAUGCAACUUGAAUAUUUAGCCUGUAAGUGUAUAAUGUACGAUCAAACAAAAACUAAAACAUGGUCACAAAAGUGAAUCUCCCUUUCCCCAGCUGUCACAGCUUUGAGUAAAAUAAAGUGUUACUGUUUAGUUCUUAUAAAGAACAGAAGUAAAAGCAAGGACUAGGAAGGCGCUUUAAUGGUUCGUGGCAAAUUUGCAAAGAAACAGGAAAAAAAGACUUGAAUUAUUAUAGAAAACAUUUCUUUGCAUGAGACUCAAUGAUUUUUUUUCCCCAGUACAUAAAAUGAUAAGAAAUGUUCUCAAAGGUUAUUUGUUAUUAAAAUGUUAUUUUAUACAUAGAUUAGAUAUCACUGUGUGUAAUAUAUAAAGUACACAAUAUUUCAGAAAUCGUUUAUAUUUAUAUCUGAUUUAGAAGUUAGAUUGAAAAUGCUUAUAUGAUCUUUGCUUUAUAUAUAUAUUGUAUGUUUUUUUUUCUGGGUUGUGUGUUCUUGUUUUGACUGAUGCAGCUUUAUAGAAACGCCAUCUCGCAUAAAUAAUGUUCCAUUCUAUUUAAUGCUGUUUAAUUUGAAGUGUUAUUGUUUUACAAUAGACUGUUGUGCAUAACUGAAUUAUGACUGGGGUUUGUUCUAUCAUCAAAGCUGACAAUGACUUGUGUUAGAGAAGCGAUGAUGAAAUUUUGCAUAUUUAUUAUGUUCGCGUCAUUCUUAUUAAACUUAUUUGACUCAAGACUAGGAAAUACAAAGGCGAUCUGUGAACUAAAGCAGUGGCAUCCCAUCCUGAGUUGAGGUCGAAAGAUAUGUUUCAAAGAAAACUGAAUCAGACCAUACUGUGUUCUUAUUUUCGAGACAAAUGUUACAUGAAAGAAAUGUAAACAAUGUAAAUGCAGUAUUCUUUAUUUGUAAGCAUAUUUUGCUGAAAUAUAAAAGUAUAUUUUAUCAAG